AUGGUUGCAGAUAUUCAAGCAGAUGCGUCGAGUCAAAACCCCACUGCGACUCGUGACGAGGACCAUUUUGGUGAGCACACAAACCUCGAGAUCAGCUUAAAUUUAGGCUCUGAAGAUUUCGGCGGGAAUCUUUCACGACAGACUCGUUGGGAACCUCAUGACCACUUGGGUGUCCUGAAAGAGGAUGAACUGUGUGAGAGGGCUGCAACAAGAGAAAUCUUUAAAGAUCUGGACCAACCUGGAGACUCCAGUGUCGCGGAUCUGGAGCUUGAUAUCACCUCAUUGCAUAUUCAAUGCAAUUCAACUCAAAUUGACCAGUACAGUGAGUCGGAACCAAUUAGCUUAGGGGAGGAAGAAGAAGAAGAGGAGGAAGAGGAGGAGGAGGAAGAGGAGGAGGAGGAAGAGGUGGGACUGGUAUUACUUGAAAAUGGGACAGGGAAUGGGGACCUGUUACCUGAGACCCAAGUGAUCAAAACAAGAAACGUGACACAGUUUGAGUUGAUUGGCGGGGACAGUUUUUUGAUAAGAGGCUCCCUGUAUUCUCUCAAAAAUAAUGAAGAAUUGGCUGAAACACAAAUCAUCUCGAGGCGACGACUACCCGAGUCGUCUGACCGACACUUGGUACCAAGAGGGCAACCUGAUUUACAAGAUACUCAGCCCAUUUUGAAAAGACGUAAAGCCGCAAGUGCGUUGUCCUUGGAUACUCUGAGUCAGAAAGCCCAAAGCCUGCCGGCAGCGCAAGAGGUUGUAGACAUUCCUACGCAACUGGGGGAAAUCGCCGGUGCAGGUGGGGCAGACGUGGAAAAAACUCAGCCCGAUGCUGAUACCGACUUAACUUACAACACUGGCUCUUCCCAGGCGGCGGGUUCUUCCCCGGAAAUUUGCAGACUAAAGUCCUAUAGACAAGUGAUAAACACCCAGGAUGAGAUUGUACCGACACACAGUCAAAAUUCUCACCGGGUGGUUGAAGUGCAAACAGAUGACGAACGAGAUUUGACCCACGAAAAGGAGGUAGAUGAAGAGGAACAGGAGGAAGAACAGGAAGAAGAAGAAACCGAUGUUCCGGUGGAUCAGGACUUUAGCCAGUAUCCCGACAGUCUAGUGGCUUACCGCAAGAGAAGACUUUCUAGGAGUCCUGUGAGAGUGAAACGAAAUCGCACGGCCAACGCUAGAAUGACUGAGGAGGUAGACGAGGAGGAGCGCGAGCACGAGCACCAGGAAACAAAGGAAAAGAAGAAAAUGGAUUAUUUCACGCCGGCUCCCGAUUUGAAAAGCCGUCCAGUGCCGUUGGUGUUUGCUUCACCAUUUGAUAACGUAUUCAUUCUGUUGUCAUCGUCGUCGUCGUCUUCCUCGUCUUCCUCGUCUCCCUCGAAAAGACCAUUGCAUCCUCUGGUGGUGACUGACCACGACCUGAACUUGAACUUGAAUUUGAACUUGAAUCUGAACGGGAACGGACAGAGGCAGAGGCGGAGGCAGCCUCCGGAGGUUGAAAGCAUCAAGAAUAAUCUGCUGCCAGACGAAUACGUUCAACCAUUAAGAUUACCGCCAAGCUCGCCAGCACUAGCGCAGACACUGUGCGACAAAGAUGAAGAUGUGCCUGGCUUCGAUGAAACAUCCGCUAAUGAUAGUUCACCGGCUACGGCAAGGCGACAGCGAGUGCACAAAGUUCCUGAAUCGCAGUCGGGGGCAGAAGACAUUUCAGGUGCUACUGAUGAUCACGCAAGUUCCCCCAACUCCAAUGUGCUAAGAGAGGAAAAAUCGAAUACUCUCACUCGCAAAGAUAUCCUCCACAGGGAUACUGUCUGGGCUAUGUACAAUUUAAAGAUGUUUGCCGGGAGAUUGAUUUCGAGGUAUAGUGAGAGUCUGAUUGUGGAUUUUCUUGAAGGUUCAUACACCAUCAAGAAUGAGGACCUCCACCCGCUUGAUUUGAGGAUUGGCGAUACCGUGAAUAUAAAGCUGAAGAGGUUCAAGUGUAUUGUGACGGGACUUUCAUGUGGAAGCGAAUCUUUAAAUUCAAUCAGUUGUCUACGCGGUUACAGCACGGUUCAUGUAACCAAACGCUCGCACAAGGCCAAUGCACCUGCUGAGGAACUCACCGUGCCACUAGCCGAGUGUCAUAUGGAAUUAAAGGACUGGAUGAUGCAUCAAGAAAAGUUCAAGUUGAAUUUAAAAGAUGUUGGGUUGAUACUGCGUGCUAAUUCCUCGAUAGCUGACCGCUGCCCCAGCCGUCAUUCUACGUUGGAGCCUGCGCAACCUUUGACGCCGACAGCCAACACAAAACUGUCCAAGAGACUUUACAGCGAAAACGAGUUGCCAAAGUUGAGUCCCUCGCCAAAGAAAUCGGCUGUUGGCACGUCUCCGCUCUUCGCGGGAAGAUUGUUUUGCGUCACGAAUGUCGACGAAGAGACAAAGGACAAGCUUAAACAAAAGAUCGAGCUUAAUGGAGGUUUGUAUUUGGAUUCGAAUUUCGACGACAUUAUCAGCUACCAGGAGAAAAGAGACAAAGGUGGGGGAUUGCAUCUUGUUUCCAACCACUUAUCAAUGGUUCCUGAUGUGCGCUUUGGGUGCUUAUUGUCAAACAAUUACUGUCGCAGUUCGAAAUAUUUAAAGGCUUUGGCCCUCGGCUGGCCCGUUCUUUCAGACGCGUAUAUUGAUGCUGUCAUCGAUGACCCGCUGUGCAUAAACGACUGGUGUGUUUAUUUGUUACCUGCUGGAAUCUCGGCCCAUAUGAAUAAUAGUUUGAAAAGUCUUGACGUUUACCAGUUUAGAGUCAAUUUCAACAACCAUGCAGCUCUAGUGGCUCAGUUGGAAAAUAAUGCUGAGCUUUUGAAGGGUUAUAACCUUGUCAUUUUAGGGCUGAAGAGUAGACGAAGUUUCAUCGAGUUGGAUACAUGCAAAUUCAUUUUCCAUGCUUUUGGAGUCAAGUCUUGGAACGAGUGUAGUUCUAGACAAGAUAUCGAGCGGGUCUGCCGCAUGUCUCGUGGUAAUGGAGAAAAAGUCUUGAUUUACGACGAUGAUGGCGAUGGCCUUGCCAGCGAAGUGUUUGAGAAGGUUAAUGUAGCACCAGCUGGUCCAGGGAGAAUAAACUCGGGUAAACAUCAAAAGUUUGAGGCAAAGGUUAUCAAUUGGGAAUGGGUAGUUCAGUGCGUUAUAAGUAGACACAUCUGGGACCCAAACAAUACAAUUACUUUGUAUCUAUGA